ACACUUUCAAUUAUAUUGUUGCACAUUGUAUGAAAAAAAAAAUGUUUGAUCAGAGUGCAAUAAUCAUAGUUAUUUCUACACAUUUCUCCACAAAUCACAAUACGUACAUAUAUUAUCACACCAGCAUUGGUCAUAUAGUUCACACAAUCAAUAUGGUACCAGACACUGUUGAAAUCGCCGUACAAACAACAUAACAAUUGGACAUUGUUUAACAAACAACAUGUUAUAUCGGUAUGAUAUACAUACUAUUAUAUAGUGAUAAAUCGUUUGUUGUUUUUUUUUUGUUUGUUUUAUCUUAUCCCGUCAGAUAGUCGAAUGACGAUGGACGCGUAAAGUACCUAAUCUAUAUAAUAUUAUAAUAUUAUAACGAAAUCCAUCAAAUACCGUACACGGUCAGAAAACGAUCUGUUUAGUCUUCAGUCGACACGCACGGUUGAUAGGAGAAGAAAAAAAACUAUGAUCGCUUCCCGUCGUUUGCUGAGUGGUUUCCUGGUGAUCGCCUUAACCAUGUCCGUCCUACACAAUGCGACGGCCGCGUCCGCCAGCGGGAACGAUGACGAAGGCGUCGACGGCGGUGUUGGAGGCAGUGUCGUGGACGUUGGUGAGGCCGUUACGUUGGCACCGUCGUUGAUGGACCGAGUGUCGGGCGUAAUGGACAGCGUCAAAAUGCAGGCGUCCGAGACGCUCGACGGGGCGGGGGCCGCGGCGGGGAAAACUGUGUCCGUGCUGAGCCGCCUCCAGCCGAGCGUCACCAAGCCCGUGUCGGAAGUCGGCGGCGCCGCUGGCGGGUUGCACGUGACGGAGAAGAAACUGCCGUCGGGUGACCACGCGCUGGGGCGCCUGCAGGAGACCAAAGGACGCACCGUGGCCGCGGCCAAGAAGGUGAUGGACGAGACCAUACACAAACUGCAGUCGACCGUGAGCGACAUACGGCGCACGGUCAGCGGCGACGACCGGGACGACGUCGGCGGCGACCGGAGGAUCAGCAACGCACUAGACAGCCUGCUCCGGGCCGUCGGCUCGGAGGGCAAGGCGGUGUUCGAGUACGCGUCCGACGUCAUCAACGAGACGGCCGACCGGGCCAAGGCGGCUGUCGACAAGGCCCAGCAACAACAAAAGCCGCAGCGACGGCCGAACCAACAAUGAUAAUCAUAAUAACAUUAUAAUAUUAAUUAUUUCACGUUACAUAACAUUGAUCGAGAUUAUACGUCAUCAUAUUUUAUAUUGGUACUAUUAUAAUAUCAUUUUAUACCAAGACAUUGUCCGUCGACUAAUAAUUGAACUAAAUGUACAUUGUGAUUUUUAAUUAAUAAUUAUUAAUAAUAUACUGUUUUACAAUAUUUUUGUAAAAUACCAUAUUAUUUUUGUGAAUAUCUGUGACUUAGCUUUAAAUUCCUAUAGCAUACCCACGGUGAAUGUAAUAUUCCACUCGUAUUAUACUUUGGUUGUAUAUUAUUAUUUAGACACGGCUUAUACCUAACGAUAAUAAUAUGGUGGUACAAAUUAUUAAUUACUGUUUAGACAUCGCCUCAUAAUGUUUAUACGAAUGGAAAUGAAUUUUCCAAUCGCAACCAAUCCCAUACCAAUGAUGCACCAAUCGCAGAUGCAUAUCAAUAUUACAUAAUAUUACCUUUAAGUAUACAUUAUAGUAUGCAGUUCAAUUUAAAAUAACGUACCGGUUUAUCUACCACAAUUAACAAAUUAUUUACCUUAAGUGAAUUGUACAACUAUUUUGAUCAAAUGCCCAUUUUAUACAUUAGCUUUAAUUAUACAUGAUAAUAUAGUACAAUAAUAUAUGAUCUUA